CUAAGUCUAGCAGACCAUGCAUUUUACUGUAGGUUGUCAUUUUUGAUAGAGACAACAAUUCUUUGGUAGAGCAAAGCACUUGUUGGUGGCCUGUGAUGGAUCCUGAUGAUGAGGUCCUCUCUGAUGUACAUUUAUAUUGUAAAACAACUGCAAAUGGGACACAGGGAAAGUACAAACUUUUGAAGAGUAGAUUUCUUUUUAAAAUUCCCAAGAAGGCUGUUGAAGAUGUGAUACCAACGGAGAUCUUAAGCAGUGAACAAGUGCCCUUUGUUACUGGACUGGAUGAACACAAGUGUCCAGUUGUGUCCAGUUCUAGUGACAGUGAAGGGCUUGUCUUAGAUGAGGAUGGGGAUGUUGUUGUGUCCAGGCAUAAAGACAUAGAAGAAGAGCAAGAUGUCAUAUACAUAGAGCAUGCAAUGGCCACAAAACUGUCUGAUGUGGGAUUACAGGUAUGGAGAGGAGCUUUAUUGCUGUGUGAUUUCAUACUGUCCCAGAGGUCAGAGUUCAUUGACAAAGUUGUACUGGAGCUUGGGUCUGGGGCAGGUCUAGCCAGCAUACUGCUGAGCGCGGUGGCACAGACUGUAUAUGCAACAGAUACUGGUGAUGAAGUCUUAGCACUGUGUAAGAAGAAUUGUGAACUUAACAAAAAUAUAUCAUGUCACCAGAAUGCAAUCAAUGUCAGAGAACUGGACUGGUUUGAGGACAAUUUCUGUCAAGAUCCCAAGAAUCCAUUUCAUUGGUUAGCUGAAGACAUUUGCAGAUUGAAGAGGAAUAUAAUUCUAGUGGCGGCAGAUGUGAUCUAUGAUGAGGAUCUGACAGAAGCUUUCUUCAGGAGAGUGCACAGAAUAAUGAGUGUGCCACCCAGGAAGAAGCUGUAUAUUUCAUUAGAAAAAAGACUCAAUUUCACCCUGUCAGAUCUGGAUGUGGCUUGUCCUGCAUAUGAUCACUUUCAGCAGUGCCUCUCGGAGCUGACAGUGUUCAGAGAAGACAAUGGUGUGACGUACACAGUGGAACAAGUGCCCUCAACCUUUCCACAGUAUUUCAAAUAUGACAGGACAAAAUAUUUGGAACUAUGGCUAAUUACCUCCAGUUUUGAAAAAUGAAUGGAUUGCAAAAGAAACAAAGGUGGCAGCACAGGAACAAGUAAAUCAGGAUCACUGAUUGUGGUAGGAAGUUACUGUGGAGCCCAGACUUUGGGAGAAUUUCGGCAUCAGAAUCGUGGAAUUUCAAGAAAAACCUGUGGGUUGGUGGUAACCAUCAGGACACCACUGGUACAACGUAACUUCUCAGUGACCUGGAUAUAGCAGUAAAAUAGACUUAUCAUGCAAUUUAUCAAAGAAACCUGAAAAAAAAUGGACCAAAAAUCUUCAAGCAAGACUUGUAUACACAAAUAUAAACUGGUCACUAUUGUGGUUCAUUCA